AUUUUAUGUUAUUUAUUGAUUGUUUUAAUAUAAUUUAUUUGUUGUUUUAACUUAUUUAUUGUGGGUUUUAGGCUGCUGGUGUCUCCAUAAUGUCAGCUGCCCGUGCUGGCACGAGGAGGCACCACAGCGUGCGGUUUUUAUUUAAGGAGUUUGAGGGGAAGCUCCUGGGAAUGUCGCGUCUUGACUUUUCCAGGAAGCUGAUCCAAAACACGCUCCAUUUUAAACCUGAAGAUUUAAAUUGUUUAAUGACUCUGCCCCUGAACAAAGGUUUUGAUUUAAGCUUUAAAAGUGCUUCCCUGUUGAGUGUUUUUUGGCAAAAGUUGGAUUCAGUUAAGGCCCAGUUUUCCAUGUUUGCGGUGGAGAAACUUUCUGACAACACACUUAAAACUGUGAUUGUCAGGAUGUUCAAUGAAACAGUAACUGGAGAGGAUAUUUGUAUUUGGCUGGGUAGAUUUUGCACUGUUCGAGGUCCACCAGUCAAAGUGUUAGAUGAGGAUGGCAUCUGGACAUGCUCCUGGCGAAUUCCCAUUAAACAAUGGGAAGACGCCGGGGGCUACCAGGGUCUGAAACACCUGCCUUCCAUGAUUGUGUUGGGAGAGAACAGAGGCUACAUUCACUAUCAGGGGAUGCCCAAGUUGUGUAGGAAGUGUGGGAAAUUUGGGCAUCUUGCUGAAGCGUGCCAAGAGAUAGUAUGUGGGAAGUGUAGAGAAAUUGGUCACAGUUUUGAAGAAUGUACCAAUGGCAGACGGUGUAAUCUCUGUGGAGAUUCAAACCACCUCUUCAGAGAUUGCCCUAAAAGUUUUGCCAAUAAAUUAAAGGUUAACAAAAUGGCCGCCCCACAAGCACACCCAACCUUACAACAAAGAGAGGAGGAGGCGGGACCUGAGGUUUUGGCGGGAAUUUUAAAUUCCCAGCCAGCCUCAGGGAUUGGACAGGAGGAAGGAAGUGGGGCGGUCGUGAGGGCGGAGUCUAACCUUUUAUUGGAACAGGUGGAGGAAGCUAUUCCCUCCCCAAAGAACAGGGAGUUAGAAAUGGAGGAUGGGGAGGAGGAAACGGCUUCCUCCCUCCAAACGGUCUCGAGUGGGAGUGAAACUGGGUGUUCACUCCCAAAUGCUCAAGUGCAGAAAAGGCCUGCAGGAUCUCCUUUGUUUGAAACAGAGGAGAAAAAGCUGAAGGCCACACAGUGGCUAGAUAGUUCCGUAUCGGAAUAUCUGGACCAUGUGUGGCCGCUUGAAUCCCCAAAUGAGGUUUCUUUUCUGCACGUAAAGCUAAAAUCAUCGUCGCCAAAAGAGCUGCAAGAGAAUUUCUCUGCGGCCCUUGAGGCGUCGAGCACCUACCCUCCUGACCCUGGGCUUUCCAGGUUAAAGGAGGACUCCCCCAAAACAUUUCCUUUCAGACCUGGAGAGGGCGGCUUUUUACUUCUUGUGGGGGUCCAAGUGGGAACGUUUGAAGAGGGAGGUCGUCAAGAAAAGACCAGAAAAUGGUGGAAAAGGCCUCCCAGACCCCCACCUGUUUUUAGCCAGCCGCUUCACCGCCCUGCAUAUUGGUUAUGCGGUGACCCCAUCCAGAGAAAAUAAGACUGCAGCCAUGGCCCGCUUCUGGAUGGGGUCUUACCUGAGAGUUUUAAAAAUUUUACCAAUUGAUUUGACAACCCCAGUGGCUUUUAAUCUUCCAAAAGAAUAUGAUUUUAUCAAGAAGUUUUUAAAGAAAAAGAGUUUAGAGACCCAGGAUGCCACCAUUUUAACGAACCACAAAUCUCUUGUCUCUCUUGUGCAGGACCGGGAACCAGUGAGUCCAGUUCCAGGCCUCACACUAGGUGAGGCCAAAGAAGUUUGGAGGAAUGCUGCCCACCCCGCUCUCCAGAACAGGCACAAGGACCUGGCGUGGAUGGUAGCUCAUGAGAUCCUCCCGGUCAGGGCGGUUAUGCACUCCAGAGGCAUGGCCAAAAAUGCAAUCUGCCCCCGGUCCGGGUGUAAAAACCCGGAGACCGUAAGACACCUGCUCUGGGAGUGCGGCGCUGCGCGGGACCUGUGGGCCACGACCGGCCCCCUGUAUUUCCCGUGCCUGCCAGUGGGUGGGGUCCAGGUGGAUUACAAGCUCGCCAUCCUUGGGGUGGGCCGGGGCUCGAAGGAC